AUGUGGGAUUCCAAGUUACUCUACCUGGGCGCAAAGAGAGCCAUCGAGCAAGAUCAUGGAAUUGUGAUCAAGUCGGAUUGGCCUGAGACAGAAACACUUGAGAACCUGAUGGGUGCGACAAAGACUCAGGGCACACCGAUCUUCAACCGGGCUUUAUUCCUUUGUCCUUGGGUUGAAGUGUGCAGGGAAGUGUGUGAGAAGGUCCAACAGGCGAAGUUGUUGGCCAUGGCAAACUUGAAUAUUGAAUGA